CUUUUUUUCUGGCGCAUUUUAAGACUAACUUGAAUAAGUUAAUUCUGAUUCCUGUAACAAGUGCACAUUAUAACUACUUUCUAUUUGGUUGCAAAAGGAACGAAAGUAACUUGUGUUACACUGUAACAACAUCAUUAUAGCAUUGGUAUUUUAAGCAGUGACGACAUCGCUAAAUUUGUAAACCUACUUAUUUUCUUCAAAUUCCAUAAAUAUUCACAGUAAUGUCCGAUCUUGCAUAUCUUGAAACGCUUUCAAACAAAAAUCUGCAUGCAAAAUGUCUAGAGUGUGGUUUGCCAAACAUUCCUGUAACUAACACAACUCGCAAUGUUAUUUUACACCGAUUGCGCUCAUCUCUUCUAGGCGACCUCAUGAACACAAAGAAUAAUGCAAUUCUAAAUGCAAUAGAAACUUUUAGGGCCGAGAUCGGGCCCACUAUUGAGGCAACACCGACAUCAGAGAUGUCCACGCAACGAUCUAGUGACUUAGAUGUCCACGGAAAAGAUAAAAGACGCAAUAAAAGCAGAGCUAGGACUACUAACACUAUUGCUCCGUUGCCCAGAGAAUAUUAUAGGGAUAAUGAAUUGAAUCGUUCUGUGCAAUCGACCAUUACAAUCUCUGACGUAGGUUCACAAUCAGACGAUGAUGAAUUUAUCAGAAACUUGAUGAGGACAAAACGUAUCCCACUUGUCAAGCAGCAACCACGUCAACGUUGUUCGGUUUCCUUAACAAAAUCAGGUUUGCUGACUACUUCCUAUAUUCGCGAGAUACAAGCAUCUGUUGUUGAAGACGAGAGCCGACCACAAAGCUUUAUAUAUGAACAACCGCAAAGUACAGAUGCACACCUGCAUACAAUACAUAACGAUGCAAAGCAACACGAACCCAACCUACAAAGUCAAAAUCUAUGCCAGACUAGACUAAACUCGUUAAGUUAUGUAGGGGAGUCAAAGACCAGACCUUAUGCUGUACGCAACACGUAUAUCGGAUCAAUUGAACCAUUCGAUGUAACUAGGAGUGGAUUAUCUAAAAACACCAUAAGACAGCGCCAUACCAUUGGAAGCAGUUGUUUUCCUAGAGCUCGUCUGUUACAACCGACUAGUAAUGUGAACUCGCUAUAUCCCACACUGAAUGGAUUCUAUGAUCAGCAAAAUCACUCAAUUGAGCCUGUGAAUCCAAGUACACACAAUGACUCAGAUUCUAGUACUGAGAUGAGCAAGAAUAAAUCUCAAUUUGAGAGACACUUUCCGCCAUUCGUCAAGCAACAUGCUAUGGAGCAGGUUGACACAGAUUCGCCGACAUACCAAUUUUGGGCACUCAUAAAUUCUUUAAAUCGCCAAUAUCAUCUCAAGUUUUAUAUAAUUUUAACAGCAGUAGUGAUCGCUGUCACUAUGAUCUAUGUAAUUUUAACACCCUAAAAUUUUUAAUUUCUU